AUGGCGGAGGAAGAACAGGAAGAAAAUUGGCCAGAAUUUUUCGAAAACAACCGUCUCAUUCCAGUUCAUCCGAAUCGACGGAAAUCAGGGUCUCACUCCAAGGCCAGUGUUCCAUUUUGUCUCGUUCUCAAGUCCGUGAUUGGUAUAUCUCCACCUCAAGUUUAUGUAAGUUUGUUGCCGUGGCAGUAACGCAAGCAAAUUUUAGUUGAGGUCAUAAUAUGAAGCUCGUUAAGGUUAUUGUGACCUUUACUUUAGAAUUGAUUUAUUUUUUUGCACAGAGCAACAGAAAACCUUCGCAUCAGUAUUAUUUGCCCUCUUGCGUGCUUCUUGGCCGUCAUAUUUUGGAAAAAAAUGUAGUGUCUAGAUUAUCACUGUUUCCUGUUCGUUCUUGUUACUUUCUUCGUUUUGCUUUUUAAAAAAAUGUUCCAUGCAAUGAUUAUAUUUUUAUCCUUUACUAUUCAAUUUCUGACCACCAGCUGAUCCCAAUAAUUUUUUUAGAAUAAAUAAAGCCUUGUUUUCAGAUCAGUGUCUAGGUUGAUUUCAUGACAAAAGCUUGCGUUAUUACUACUAGUAUUAUCAAUGAUACUUUUUUUUAAUAAUCAUUGCCUUGGGAAGUGCAUGUAGUUACUGUAAAAUCCUUUUUCUAUUUCGUAAGUUUUCCAUGUAACCCAAUACUUCACUAUACAGUGCUUGGAUAAAAACAAACAAAAAAACAAUGGCAAAAAAUUGAUUACUUUGAGACUUUGGCUUUGUUUUAGAAUAUUAUAGGGUUAUGGGGAAAUAUUUCCUUUAUUUUAUCUCUAUUUUUAUAGGAUGUUGUUUCCCAAGACAUAGAAUUCCAGUUGCGAUUGACACUGUAUGAUGCAGCUUAUGAAUGUUUCUUUGGGAGCACAUGGCUUGGACCCUUUUUUCCAAGUAGUGGAAAGGAGAAUGGCAGGCACAAAAUUGUCUUUGAGGAGGUAUAAUGUCAUUUUCUUCCAAAGGAAAGGAGAAGAAAAUGCACCUAGAAAGACCCUAUUAACUGUGUUUGAGGUCUAUACUGUAUGCUAGCAAGGGACUGAGUUUUUCUGCUUGGAUUUAUAGCCCAAGCGUAAGGUUCUGUAACCUACAGUACAGUCCAAGAAAACAAGGGUACUAAGAUAUUUAUCUUAUUUUUGAGCUCAAAAAAGAGGAGGAGGCUUUUAAUUCAAACAAACUUUUGAAUUUAGCAGGCCAUACAGUGAAAUGCCACCUGCAAAUUUGACCAAUCAUGGUGCAGAUAUGAACUGAGAGAAUUGCACAAUCAUGUAAUGACUGGUUCACUAUUUUGGGGAAAUUAAAGUUUUUGUGUUAUAAUAACUCACCACAUAUUGCUCCAUUGUCAUGGUGAUUAGUUUUAAUUUGUGUUCAGCAUAAUUAACUGUAAAGCAAAAGAUCACAGUGAACUCUUUUAAGUUAUCCAUUUAAAUUAUUAUGUAUUGACAUUUUAUGAACAGAAAAUCUAUUUUUGUUUUACAGACAGUAUAUCUUUACUCCUCUCUACAUGAUAUCACAUGUGUUGGGGUGGUUGAAGUCAUUGGGGAAGGUAAUGUAACCUUGAAACCUCAAAUUGUAAAAUUAAAUGCAGAAAUAAAGCAAUUAACCCUUUAACUCCAAAGAUCUCAUUAAUAAUUCUCCUUACUAUCUGUCGGACAGUUCUUGUGAUGUUUGUUUGGAGAGUUUGGUUUUGAAUCAAGUUAUAAUCCUCUAAUUUAUAUUUUUCUUUUUUCUCACCACUUGUUUGCUUGAUAUUGUAUUGAUAAUGUAAGGAGAAAUUCUGUCUUGGUCACUCAGGAGUUAAAGGGUUAAGUAGCUAAAUAGUAAAACAUUGGACAAGGAUUUUGUAUCAUUUAACGUAACAGGCUAUGCCACUGAUGACACAAUUUGCCUUUGAAGCAUAUACACCAAUAUAAUAAUGAUUCAUUCAAUUUUUGUACUAGUGUAGUACUAUAACCUUCAAACUCAAAUUUUGUCUAGAAAGACAUUUUUUUGAUUGUUUUAUGAUUAUCAAAUGAACUUUAUUUUCAAAUUCACAGUGAAUGGUCAAAGUUUUGGUUGUGGAUGGACACUAAUACGAAUUUUUGACAGACUCUCUGAAUUAUCAGAAACAACUUCAGGCCAAUCCACUCCAAAAAGGUUAGUUAGAUGCAGUGGUUGACUAGUUAAAACAGCUUGGAUCAAACUUGACUAAGAAUGGAAAACUUAACAAAUGUGCAAAAUGGAAUUCUUAACCCUUUAAUUUUUUUAUUUUGCUUGCAAACUAAUGUAAUUUAUUGUUGUUUGACCUUCUAUUUUUGUAUUUCAGUGUUGAAUGUUAAGAAAGGUCUCGAGUGUAUAUUUUAAUUUCUGCUUGCUGUUUUAUUUUUCCUCAUAAAAUAGCAUUCCUUUGUACCAUGGGUCACCUGCUGGUCUGUUAUGUAUCUCUGAAACAAUUGAAGGUAGGUACAUGCAAUUGCAUUGUCCAAACUUACAGUUCAAAAAGUGGGUAGACAAAAAGUGGGUAACAACAUGAACUAAUGUAUUAAUGAUGAAAUUAUGGAAGACUUCUUGAAACCAGGUAUACACUUGCAAUUAGUAAACUUUUGCAAAAUUCCAAUAUAUGUAUAAAAUAUAUUUUUAUAGCCUUAAAAUUUAUUAUGAGGUGGUCAUGGCCCUAAUUGGUUAAAUUACUUCUCAUUGUUCUACAAAAUCAGGGCGUGAAAUUAAUUUUUUCUUUCUGAUAGCCACUUGGCUCCUUAAUUCUUCAAAGUUGUAGCCAAUUCAAAAAAAGUUGGUCGCCAUUUUCAAAGACAAACAAAACCUUUUUUUACGCUGUUAGCGUUCUAGAUAAACCUUCCAAAAUUAAGUUACUAGGGAAAAGAUCUUUAACGUGCUACAAAGUGGACACUAGGAUGGAUGAUAUGCAAUGUUCAAGUGCACCUAAAUUCAAGUUGGCAUCUAGUUAAUGAUCAAGAUGCAUGUGCUGCAUUUUGGAAACAAGCUUAGCAAGGAAGUUUGCUAUGGAUUUAUCUUUGCAAAUCUUUUUAACUCACUAUAUCUCUUGGUAAUGUUAUGAUGAAACAUUCUAGUCGCCAGUUUGGUAACUAAUUUUCAGGAUUUGGUCACCAAAGUGAAAAAUUUAGUCGCAUUGGUGCCUGUAUUGGGCGCAAUUUCAUGCCCUGAAAAUUUAUGACACUAAUCCUUUUUAGUGUUGUGUUUUACAUAUUGCUGUUUAUCAAAAUAACAUUGGAAGUUAAGCCCUGUUCAAAUGGUCAUGAUAGUUGAUGAUAGUCAAUUGUAGUUUCAACUUUUGGUCACUAUUAUUGACUAUCAUGUUUGCAUUCAAAUGGUUCAUGAUAGACCAUGAUAGUUGACAAAAUCAUGCAAAGAGGUUGGGUAAUUUUUAGCAAGUAUGGGAUGUGCUUAGGUCAGCAAUUUCAGUUGCAUUUGAAAUUUUAGUCAAGAAGUUGUGAGCUGAAGAUAGUGAAACCUACUAGGAGAUGAUCAGAAUGAAUUGCAAGACAUUCUGCGGAAUUGUGGGGGCUACUUUAGUCAUUUUACCAUUUGCCAUUUCUGUUUGAGCCUAUUUUUUGGCAAAACUACUGACCAUGUAGUUCAUGUUCAAACAUGCUUGAUUGUUGAAACUGUCACGAACUAUCCUGACCAUUUGAAGGGGCCUUUAUUCAUUUUAUGAAGUAGUUGUGUUAUUUUUCUUUUUCUUUAAAGAAUCAUCCAGUCUACUCCCAAUAGAGGCAUGCACCCUGAGUUUUGUUCUUCAAAUCCAUCCACCCUUGGAAAAGGUUUUUCACCUGAUUCCUGAAAAUGCCAUCAUGAGUGGUGAUGACUUUGUGCCAGGAAUUUUGGAGCCACAACCAGAUGGUAAAGCCUUCUUUAAAACUUUUCUCAAUUAAAUAUCAUGCUGUAUGAAAAUGCAAUUUUCUAUUUGCAACAAUAAUGUACUUUGUUACAUGGCUAAUGCAGAUUUCAAUUUACUAUUUGUUAGGGUCUGGAAUUGUAGAUAUUUUGAAGAAACCCAGGCUGGCGAAAACUACACCAAGUUUUGUUAAUAAGGUAUCAGCUCAAAAUAAAACAUUAUUUCGCAUUGUAUUUAGUCUUGACACCAGGGCAUCCAACAAGGGCCAGUAGGCAGUUAAAUUUUUUGUUCACUUCACACAAUUUCCCUGACCCUCUCUUUAGCACUUAGUAACUUAAGUUUUUUGCUAAGCUUAAGAGAAAUUUUGUACAGAACAUGAGCUUCAAACUUAUGCCUUAUUCUAGUUCAAGAGUACAGGAAAUGCCCUCUAAGAGACCCAAAUUUUAAAACAUGCUCAGGAUAGCAUGCUCCUGGGCUGCACCUAGAAGUCACAGUACUAGCACUAUUGAUCAAUUCCCACCCACUUCCCCUUGCAUUUUCCAUCUGCUCUGAUUCUUAUUUAAAAGCCCAGGGCAUGAAUUGUUUUCCACUUUCUAGAGUGGAAAUCAUCCCUGUUUUCUGUAGUUUAAAGUGUCUAGAAGUAUUACUAUAAUUGUGCCCUGCUUGUAAUGCUUUAGAGUUUGUUAUUUUGUGGAAAUUAUCCAGUUACAUACAGUCCUCAUUAACAUUUAAUGUCAGUGACAGAGGUCUCAUAGACUUGACUUAUUACAUUGUGGUUCCCUUUUGAGUGGUAGAAAUUUUACUUUGAGCCUUGUGGAUAAAUAAGGCAAGAGUGCCAUUACAUCAUUUUUUAAUUGUAUGCUGUUAGCCCUUACUCGGACAGACCUACAUGUAAGCCAUGAAAUGAAGAUCCCUAAGCACACCAGGACACUGUUGUUUGUUAAUGAUAUUACUGAUCACUUUGCAGCUGAGUAUUAUGCUGUAUCCAUCAGUUGAAGAGUUUGAAGAUGAACUUCAGCAAACGUUCAAUCAGGAUAGGCUACACAGGGUACUGCUCUGGUUUUUAUAAUCUGGCGUUUUUGCUCUUCCAUAGAUCACCACUUACUUACAGGGCCAUAUAGUACAAAGACUUUCUACCAACUCCAUUAAACAUAAUUGCACCCCGAAAUUCAAACAGUUACUAAUAAAUUGUGAUUAUAGUUAAUUCUGAUUAAUGUAUGACUGACUAGAGAUGUUUUGUGCAGUACAUUGAAAGUGAUAAUUAUCUGGGAAUGAUAGAGAGAAGUGAAGGAGUUUAUUGCUCACACAUUCACUUUCACUAUAAGGAGAAUUUAUUCAUUUCAUGAAAUUCCUUUUAGAACAAUAUUAUACCUGAUGAUGGACUGCAGAUUUCAAUUGUGGAGAGAAGACUAAAGGUUUGUCAACUUUGUAUGUGUGAUCAUGAUUUUGUUUUUUGAUAAUUUUAAGGUGCAUUGUCAAAUAUGAAUGAGUUACUCUGACUCGUUUGUUUGUAAUGAUUUUGUCUACUCCAAUUAAACUGCAUGAAGGAGUUGCUAUUUUCUUUGCCUAAACCACACCAUGACAAAGCAUAUAACUAGAGGCAUUUGUACAAACUUCAUGUAUUUAACCUUCCCUGUGUUUGUUGUUUUCAUGUGAUACAAAUUUUUCUGCAUGUUCAAAGGUCUCAGUACACAAUGGAUGGAAAUAUGUAAGUGAACCUCACAUAGUGUACCUUGAACCAGAGUAUGAAGGUGGUAAAUCUGGAAGAAAAUCACCUGCUUCACAGUCAUCUUUAAGAGGUAAAUAAUUGUCUUCAUCCAAAUAUCAGUACUGCAUAUAUAUGUAGCACUUAGUUAUUUGGCAAACACAUAGUCAUGUACAUGCUGUAUACUUGUGAGGCAUUGAUAUUUGCCCUGUAUUUAAUUGUUCAGCUUUCUACAUUUUCCUGAAUUUGCCAAUUAUUUUGUACUGAUGAGGAAUGAAUGUAUUUUGUCUUUUUCCCCUCUAAUUUACUUCUCUUUUGUAGGAAAAAUCCUCUCCUUGGCCCUUCGCAGUCGACUGGAACUGAAGGAGCUUGUUCAUCAUCCAUUGUUUGCUAUUAUCUUUGAACUAGAAUAUGUUCUGUCUGAACCAUUUGCUCAGCCACUAAUUGAGACCAAACGUAAAAAGGUUUGUUAAUACACUUGGUUUUUUGGUUCAGUAGAGAGGAAGACUGAGCUUUAUGUGGUCCUAAGUUGGAGAGUUUUGGUUUGUUUGAUAUUUAUUUUGUUGUUGCUGUUAUUUUCUUGCGGUUUUUUACUGAGAUCAUUUAGCCUCCAUCCAGCUAGUAUCUGGAGUACCAUUCCUAGAAACCAAGGGCUGCUUACUUACAAUUGUCACAAAUUUUAUUGCUUGCUUUUCAAUCUGCAUUCUUAACCAUUAUCAAUUUAGCUAAAUAUUUCAUCCUAAUAUUGAUGUUUGUGAAGAGUGUGACAAAGGCAUAUAAUUAACACUGGAGAAGGAUUUAUUAGAAUCAUGUUGGAACCAAAAUACAAAUAAAUUGUGGGAAACUAAUUGUCUAAAACCAGGACAUUGGUUAAACUUUGUUAAAAUGAUGGUGUGGCUUACUUUUUCUGUCCACUCUCAUGUCAAUCUUUUAGCCCUCUCUGUCUGGCAGCCUGAUGCGGUCCCAGAACCAGACUGUAACACUUAAGUGGGCUUUAUGGCUUCCAUUUGAGAGUGGAAGCCCAGAGGAGAGGGAGACCUCAUUGGAACUUACUGGAGGUUGUGAAGGUUUCCCAGGUGAUAAGCUGGUGUUUGCUAAAAAACUACCGCAACCACCUGGGAAGAAGGUAUGCAUAAUUAAUGUAUCUUCUCUGUUGUGCCUUUUGGAAUAAAGACAUGUACAUGUGAUUAGACAUUUUAGUGUGUAGUAUUGCUGAGUAUUUUUUUUUGAGUUGUACUGUAUUUUGACAAGCCCUCUGGGUGAGUCAAAAUACAAUGAAUGAGUAUGCAAAGCAUCUAAUAAAUUCUUUAUCAUCCAAUUGCUUUUUGAUUAUUUUUGUGCAUUCAUUACUAAAAUGUCAUCCAUUUUUUUCCCCUUUGAAGCAAAUCACCUAUUAGUGUAAUCAACCUGUCAAACAGUUUGUUUUUUUACAAUAGAAAAACACCAACUGUCCAAAUCACUGCACAGUAUUGCAGUUGGACAAGAUAGAAGGGUAUUUGAAGUAAACUCUGCUAAUCAAUAUUCAGUCCUUAAAAAUAAACUAAAAAGUUUUUCAAAGGAACUGGUUUGCAGGCACUUUGCCAAAUGAUCAAAGGCAAAUACACAAGUGAAAACCAACUGUCCAUUUACAUAUGCAUGCCCAGGGCAUUGAACUGGGAAAUUACCCCUCCCCCCCCCAAAAAAAAACAAAACAAAACAAAACAAAACCCUGUACGUGGUCAGAAAAAAAUGAGUCUUGAAACUAGAUUUUGCAACACGUUCACCACUCUGCCAUACUCCCAUCCUGAAGUUCCUUCCUAAAAUAUCUAUUUUUUUUUGGUCAUUUCCUUGGUAUGAUUUGAAGGAAGAACAUCACAUAUGUUGUGUUAGAAUUUUAUUUUUUUGUUCAAAUUUUACUUUUAGAACUAUUCUAAAACCUAUGUUUUUAUUCAAUCUACAGUUCAUUUCUUUUACCAUAAUCAGUCUCAUCUCUAUCCAAAAUUGAUAAAUACAUGUUGAUCUCUAGCUAAAUUUUUAUUUUAGUAAAUAAUGCUAAAGACUUUGAUUUGUAAAAAGAUGGAAACUAUGUAAAAAAUGCAUUGUGCAUCUGUAAAACAACCAAGGUCAGUUAUGAAAAAUGGAUACCAGUGAACUAUCAGGAUGACUUAAAAAAAAAAAAAAAUAAAAACCUGGCUGACUACAUGGUAUAGACUAACAACCUGUGUAGGAGUAAUAACAAUUACUUCUAGUUUCUGAAUGCUACGGAAGCCAAUAUAUUCCAAAUGGUUGGAGACUACAAAACUUGAAUAUGAAAGCGAUCUUCGUAGUAACUGACUACUGACUGACUACAAAACUUGUUGAACUGACCACAACACUUGUUGGUAACCUAUAGUAUAUGAUACCUCAACUUUGUCUUUUUCAGGCACCCAAGUCUGGUGGAGUAGUAAAGUUUCUGUUCACCCAGCAGCGCAGGAGAGGAAGCAGUUUACGCUCCUCAACUCAAGGAUCUCAGAUGCUUGGGGUGCCUACCUCCCCUGGCCUUCCCUCCCCAAGCCCCUUUGAUAAUGCUGGAAGAAUGUUUGGUUCUGUCGGUAAUACCCCAGGGGUUGGACAUCAAGGAAUGUCACUCAUGCCUGGUGUGGCAUCAAGACCUCCACUUCCACCAGCAAACAGGUAAAGGUAUUGGAAUUUUUAAUGAUAGUGAUCAAAAACAGACCCUGUUCCAAAAUGGCCUUAAAAAGUUAAGGUCUCUAGCUAGUAUGUAACUAAAAAGGAGAUUGAACCUAGGUGCUGAGAUAGAUGCCUCUCACAAGGUUUUAUUUAAUCAAUUGUGCUGUUUCUGAAAAGAAAAUGUAAUUUCAAAUUGGAAAAAAUUACAACCAUUUAUGGGGUUGGUUCUACAUGCUAUACUCCCUCUCAUACAGACUUCUGCAAAUAUGUGUAUCAACAAUAUCUUUUAGAUGGUCUACAUCAAGGUGCUCAAUUCAGACACUUGAUUGUAAAGGAUUGGUCUGACACAACAUAUAAUUUUGAAGUGAUCAUCAGCAACCCAUUACAGUGUAGACAAUGACCCUAAAACUAAAAUUUUAAGGACAUACUAAUGCUAGGUAUUGGAAAAUUGUUAGGAUUUGUACACCAGCAUGGCUGAGUACACUAACAAAGACUUACACAAAAAAAAUCAGUUGAAGUCAAAUCAGUUUGUUGAACGAGGAAGAAGAAAUUUAACAUUGGAGGGUUGCUAGUUUUUGCCAACAUAGGACUUGCACAGACAAUCAGCAUGAAUUCAAAUGUUUCCCUGAAUUGCUAUUCUUCAAUUACUUCCCAUGCAUUUUAGGGAGACUGAAGUUGUAUGGUCAAACCCAGCUUUAAGUGACUAACUAUUGUGAGAUCUUGAAUUCUUGACAGAUUAACUACUUUGGGCUGUUUGUUUGUUGGCAGAUGAACUACUUUGGGCUGUUUGUUUGUUGACAGAUGAACUUCUUUGGGUUUGUUUGUUGACAGAUGGACUUCUUUCUGGUGUUUGUUUGUUGGCAGAUGAACUUCUUUGGGCUGUUUGUUUGUUGACAGAUGAACUUCUUUGGGUUUGUUUGUUGACAGAUGGACUUCUUUCUGGUGUUUGUUUGUUGACAGAUGAACUUCUUUCUGGUGUUUGUUUGUUGGCAGAUGAACUUCUUUGGGCUGUUUGUUUGUUGAUAGAUGAACUUCUUUGGGUUGUUUGUUUGUUGACAGAUGGACUUCUUUCUGGUGUUUGUUUGUUAGCAGAUGAACUUCUUUGGGUUGUUUGUUUGUUGACAGAUGAACUUCUUUCUGGUGUUUGUUUGUUGACAGAUUAACUUCUUUCUGGGUUUGUUUGUUGGCAGAUGAACUUCUUUGGGCUGUUUGUUUGUUGACAGAUGAACUUCUUUGGGUUUUUUGUUUGUUGACAGAUGAACUUCUUUCUGGUAUUUGUUUGUCGACAGAUGAACUUCUUUCUGGUGUUUGUCUGUUGGCAGAUGAACUUCUUUGGGGUGUUUGUUUGUUGACAGAUGAACUUCUUUCUGAUGUUUGUUUGUUGACAGAUUAACUACUUUGGGUGUUUGUCUUGACAGAUGGGCUACUUGCACCUGUAUCGUUCCACGGCUGGUCAAACACCUGAAUGCGGUUGUCCAUGAAAACUUUCAAAUUGCGCUGCUCGCACUCAUAUCCAAAUAUCAUGUCCUCAAGUGUUUUAAGUUCCGGUCUAUAGUAUACAUGCUUUUCCUGUAAUUUCCUUAAGUUAAGGUACACUGCAACUUGUGGCGGUUUACAGACGAAUGGUUCCAGCAAUGGUUUACGAACGCAGAAUCUCCUUGGGCUCAUAGCUACAAUGGGAACCUUUUCGUCGGCUGUUUCCUUGACAAACUUCUCAAUUCGCUCGAAAACAAGCCCAAAUUUACGCUUUCUGAAUUCUUUGUAUGAACCUCGAGGCGGUUUCUUGUUUGGAUCAUAUUCGACAAAGUAUUUUAUACUGUCGUCAAUCAUCCAAAUAAAUUGCAACUCUAAGCGCAGUGCGAUUUUCUGGAUCCAGUAGCGGGCAUAUCCUACUCCGAUCUCAUCCUGUGGGAGUCUGAUCACAGGAAAGUGAGGCCCACAGUAUCUCACAUACGCAUCAAACUCCGAAGGCCGUACUACGAGAAUCCUAAUGGUGGAGUCAUCAUUCAUAACCUCAUCAUGGGGCCAUUGUAACAACGCAAUCUGCGCCCGGCGGAAAGAUGGUAUAAACACCCAUCGUUUCCCAAUGUAGUCGUUACUUAUUAUUUUUUUAAUCCAUCUCGUGUACCUAUUAGUCUGAGUCUGGAACCAUGAUAAAUUGCUACUAGGCACAUACAUUUUAAGCACAUGCUCACAAUCGAAGUAGUAGAAAUUUUUGACCGCUGAAUCUUCAGGUGGCGAGGGUAACGACGACGCCGUAUACUUUUCGUCUAUUUUCGUUAAAACUUUUCGGUCUUUUGGGGAGAGGGACUCGUUUCUAAUUUCUAAGAUGUGGGGAGUAUUGACGGUAAGCUUUUCGGAAUCUGGUGUUUUAAGUACCCUCUCGAGUUCUUGUCGACAACUGUUGAUACUUCCUUUCAUUACGUCUUCUAUGUAGGAGGGGAGAUUCGAAUAUAUCUCAGCCAGAUCCACAGACGCAUUAGCUUCAUUCUUUGUCCACUUGCUAGAUGUAGGGUAGGACUGUGAAAUGGAAACAGUUGCUUUCAUUUCUAGCGUAGAAUCGGGUUUUUCCGUUUCCCAUGUGUGGUUUUUUAGCCAUUCGCCAUCUUGUUUCUCUUCAUCUUCCCCUAUUUGAAAGUUUUUGAGCCUUUGCGUGAUACCACUUGCAGUAGACUCUUCAAUCUCACUGCUGCUAUCUGCCUCACUACAUUUUUCUGUCGUAGAAUCGAGUUCUUCCGUUUCCCCUGUAGGGUUUUCCGGCCAUUCGCCAUCUUGUUUCUCUUCAUCUUCCCUUAUUUGAACGGCUUCGGGCUUUUGUGUGAUACCAUCUACAGCAGACUCUUUCGUUUGGGGUCCUUUGCAGACAGCAGCAGCUUCAAUCUCACUGCUGCUGUCUCUCGUCGUGGGAAAUAGUUCCCUUUUCGUUUGUUUUGAUUUUGUCGACAUUAGCUAAGCUCGAUCGCUAACUGUUGUCAAUACUUCAUACAGUCGAACCUCGAUUAUGCGGACUCGUCGGGACCUCGGUAAAUAGUCCGGGUAAUCGAAAAUAUGAAUAUUAAUGAUUCGUUUUAAUCCUUCGCUUGUCUCGAUGCUGUCAGUAAAUUUUAGGAUCUUGUCUUUGUUCUUCCGUAUGUCUGAGAUCUGCUGCUUGCUGAUGCCAAAUUCUUGAGCUAAAUUUGUUCCUUUCUCUCCUUUAUCCAAACGUGAAAUAACUAUCUGGUUAUCUUUCAUCGAUAGAACAGCUCGCUUUCGCUUCGUAGACGUGUUUUUGAUUUGAGUUUACGAUCGAUCGCAUGUGUGUUUACAUAACAAAUGAAUAAAGGGGUAAGUUUCUAAAGAAACUGUGGUGCUGCGUCGGUGGGAGAGUAUAGUGGGUAAUUAAGUGUUAACAACUGGGUUGAAAACGUAAAUUAGCCACCGUAAAGAGUAAAAAAGCUGACGUUUCGAGCGUUAGCCCUUCGUCAGAGCGAUUGGAGGAAUUGUGGGUUGUGUGUGGGUUUAUAUGCAGAUAGUGGAGCUACGCCAUUGGUGGGAAUAUGGUGACGAGAAAACAGGAAUAAAUUAGUUGAAUGAAAAGCGCUCAUUGAUUCCGUGGGGAUUAAGGGUGCCAAUUUGGAAGAUAAAUUUUUGCUCUAGUGUUGUACGGCUUUCCGAACUGCCUAGAUGUAAGGAAAGGCCGCAAACUGCCAUAUGCUGUUUAGAAUGAUUAGGAAGAUUAAAGUGUUUAGCGACUGGUUUGGAUGCGUCCUUGUCAUUUCUUUCCACGUCGCGAAGGUGUUCUCGGAAUCGGUCACAAUCGCUCUGACGAAGGGCUAACGCUCGAAACGUCAGCUUUUUUACUCUUUACGGUGGCUAAUUUACGUUUUCAACCCAGUUGUUAACACUAAAUUACCUGUUUACAAAACAAACGCGGAAGGAACUAAUCAAGCAUGAAAUUCACUUGGCAACAAAACAAUUGAGUCUAUCAGAUAUCAGCUGAAUGCAUCAGAAUAUUUCUGUCUCCUCGCACUUUCGAAUUUUGAAAAGCGCACAGGAUAAUAUGCUGUUUCAACCAUCUUUUGAAAGGAUUAUUGGGCUUUUUGAGACUUUGAGUUUUCAAGAUCACAACUAAUUAAUUUUCAUGAAAAAAUUUGGACCAGAGAAAAAAGUCCGGAUAAUCGAGGUUCGACUGUAGUGAGUUAUCGGCAAGUAACGAGGGCUCCUAACCACGCAACGUGACGCCUGCCGUCUGCAAGUGUUCAGUUUCUAAACAGUUAAAAGAAAUACAUUUUUGCUUGUAUUGUGGUCUCAGUGUAACCCGAAAAUGCGGUUGUUCCUCGUUCGAUUCCUGAAUAGUCAGUUUUAAGUAUUCUUAAGGCAAAGUAUUCGGAAAUGAUUUUUUUUUUUGCUUUUACAGAAAACGAAAUACAAAACCCGCCCAAUUAUUUAAUCUUGCUGAAGGAAAAGUGCGCCAAAAUGAAUAGAUGAACUGAAUCAACGUGAUAUUUUGAGUUUUCUGCGUCUGUUCUGGUUAUGCGUGCAUUUCCUGAGGGUACAAUAGGCCACUUUGCAAAAUUUAACCACCUACAGAAGUUUAGAAUUUUUCGCGCUUCUCGAAUAAUAUCUUCAUGGUCACGGCUGCUGAAUCAAGCAUCAAGAUUCGCGUAAUUAAGAAAGAAGACGUUCUACAAUGUAACUACUCUAGUGUAAGUGUAAUGCUAACCAAAUUUCAUCUAUAGUAAAAUAAUACUCUACCUAAAUAGUGGGAGAAUAUGAUUUAACGUUACUUUACCUUUAUUUAGGGGAAGAGAAGAAUACCCUGUCGUGCCACCUCGAGAUCCUCUCUUUCAGGUAUUGUUGUGUAGGUAAAAUUACGAUUGCUAUUUUAAGGUUCUUGGGAAUCCGUUCCCGAUUUGUUAAUGUUUCUAGUGUUUCUAGUUAUUGUUUUAUUUUUUUUCAUCUGUUUCGAUUGUUUAUUUUCUCGAAACUUUCGGCCCUUUUAUCGGCUUGAGGCUCACAUCUGUGAGUAUUUCCCUCUUACGGAGGUUCUCUCUGAUUUGAAGCUAUUGGUUCUUCAGAUUUUUUGUCACACGGUCGUAGGUGCCGCUAUCUCGCAUAAGGAUAGGUGUGGCGUCAAGCUCAGUCUAAGGUGAAAAAAAACACAAGCAAGAACAAUGCAAGCACGAGGUUUUUGGUAGUUGUAAAGAGAAAGAGAGAGAAGGAGGGAUAAUUUGUAGGAGAUGUAGCUGCAAAGCAACGGCACAUUGAAGAAGAAGCUUUUAAGAUUGGAGACGCUUGGAGCCUCACGCUCGGCGAGUUUGCUCCAGUUAUUUCCCGAUAGCAUCCCAGCCGCGUGUUCAAACUAAGGGAUAAAGUUGCUAGAACAAAAUCAACUCGACACUUAAUUGUACCUAUAAAAAGUUUCCAGUGAGGCGUUAAACUAAUGUAAAAAUUAAAAACGAGUUAGAAACAAGUUUAUCUGAGCUUUCGCCAAUCCACGACAUCAUUAAGGACGGAAAAUAUUCAGUCAUACAAUUUUUUUUAAAGAUUUACGACUACUAGAUUUGAGAGAAGUAGCGAAAAGUUGGUAUCUACCGGCAGUCAUCUCAUUAUUGUUAAAAAAAACUAAAUCUGGUUAAAGUUAUUUGCUCGUAGACGGUAAGCUUCCUCUCAGCCGUUUUUUGGUCUCGUCACGAAACACACUCUCUGCCCAAGCUUGAACAGUUCGAUUAAAAAUAUCUCUUGCAAAAAUAUUUCUCCAAGAGUUACUCUUGAUUGGUGUUUUGAAAAUGUUUAGAAGGCCCCAUUUCAAGUGCUUUUUUCAAGUUUGGGCUGUUUUCUUUUUCAAAUCACUUGUUUAUGUGGUGGUUCUAAUUAUUCCGAUGAUAAAGGCAAGCCUCAACCAAGUAGGAUCCCACUGCAGGGAAAAUCGCAGUUCACAGGACAAAUUUGAGUUAUCUCACCUUGAUACAGUAUCCUAAACGCCAAGGAAGUCGUAAUCACCGUUUUACAAAAAUACUCCUCCUUCUUGUGUAACGCCUUUGCGUAUUUCCCUUAUGAGUAACGCCCUUAUGUUUUAUUCGCUAUCAGUUCAUCUCGUCUGGUAUACGUCCCAGUGUACCUGACCCAGUGAUCCACCUGUCUGAGUUACCACAGAGCACUGUACACUCUCCACUUAUCCUCACUGAACCAGGGACAAGUCCUGCCAGGUAAGUUGAUCGUAACUGUGCAUCAAUCUUGAAGUACAGAAAUUUACUUUAUGCUUGAUUACUAAAGAGAGUGUACAAUGAUUAGUAUGGGUUUAUGACUGUUUCCUUACUCAGAACUGGUUAGAUCAAAUGACCACCACAAACCGUAUAAUAUCAAGCCAAGUUUUAAUAAUUAUUCGAUCUAAAAGAAAUACAUUUGUAAUUCGCAAUCAGAACAAACGUAAAUCAAGUCUUAAUCUCGUAUCUAAAUUAAAAAACUUCAAUGUAAACUUACUUCUGUGACGGGUCGUUACAACAGUCUCACUUUACAGGUUAGCAGAUUAUCCACGUGAGCGGAUUUAGAGACAGAAAAAAUGAUAACAAAAUAACUUCGAUUCCGGUGAAAAACGGACUUGAAACAUAAUAAUCUAACGCUUUUAAAUCAAUCUUUAGAAUUAAUGUCAAUCACGAUUCUUGUCUUUAAGUAAAUCUAUCAACUAGAGGCAACGCCUAUUUGAUAAACGAAACAAUGACCAAGUGUAAGGUCAGUACGGUAGGACGCUGACCCAUUUCAUUUGCAGUUUCCGAAAAAAAAAUUAGACUAACAUCUAUCCAUCUUGAAAGAACACGCUUAGUUGACAGUAAGGGAUUUAUUGUUUGAUCAAAAGAUUUAUAUGAAAAGUGCGCUUUUGUGGCAUCGAAUCCGGUGGUAUAGAGUAUGAAAAAUCGUCCAUUUAUGAAGACAGUCAGAACCAACUGGAUAACAAAUUGAAAGGAAUAAGCCUUUACGUCUGUAUGCAUACAUACACAUAUGUUAACAAUACAUGAUACUGUAACAUUCAUACAAAGUUUUUUUUUUCUUUCUAAUCGUACAGUGCACCAUCAACAAUGACCCGUGCCGCUUAUACACGGCUUUCUAGUGCUGGAUUUCCGUCCAUUACUGACCGCCGUGGUAACUCUCCACAAGUGAUUGAUCAUAGAGAAGAAUUACCAAUACAUUUAGAUACUGAAACAGUCGAUCAACUUCUGAGCAAUGAGAUUGUCAUUCAGUUUCUUGCUCUGUCCAGGUAUGGAAGAGACUACAAGCAGACCUUAUUUCAUGCACUUAUUCCAUUCAGAUAACAAAAUGAAACCAAAACAAAACAAAAUUGUCCCGAGUGACCUAUUUUGGACGCAAGCCAGGAAAAGUCUGUAAGUAUGUGAAGUCGAGUCCAGCAAGUUGAUUACCCGGGUAAAAUGUUGUAAAAUGUCAGACUCGUGUUUAUAACUACGUUUGUAGUCUAAUCGCACAGCUGAAGAAACUCGUUAUACGGAAUUUACCUUUUCAAAGGUUAUUUCUCUCGCUGCUUUAGAAAUUAUUGUAUAUUUAUUUUACUGAUUGGGAGUCAGGCAAUCCUCAGUUGAUGAUUUGGGUCACGAUGUUCCGUUUUAAGACGAUGUACUCCCCUGACAAGACAUACAAUCGUGCGCCUGAAAGGAGUGUGAAGAAAUUCAACAUAGACUUAAACAAAUAAAUCUGUUUUUUUCCCAACAGAUGCUAUAACAGAAGCGCUUUCUUCUCCUUUCAAUUUUACCGAUUUCCUCAAGUUACCACUGAAAGGUCUGUAAUUAAACUGUCAUUCGGUUGAAAAUGUAUUUUUUUAUUACACUUCGUACAAAUUUGUCGUUUUUGAUUUGUGCUAGAAUACGUAUUUUCAAUUAAAUUCGUUUUUAGAGUCUACCUCAAAGACACUGAUGGUCAAUUUCAUGGGAUUCCUUGUGUGCUUCAAAAAUUCAACAAAGAUGGCUUGCCCUCCAACGAAUCUCCAGGCCUGAUGGUGAGAGAUGACUAAUGUGCGCUUAACAGGCUUUAGGUGCACGAAAUUAAAUAGCAGCAACUAAGGAAGGCUUGACUUCACGCAAGUAGUUAAAGCAAUUUUUUUUCUCACACGCAAGCCGCCACAUCCGCGUCUCGAUUGUAUUAUAAUGCACAUUAUGUGUAUCCAUAUACAUGUACAUGGACGAGGCUGACCCUCAAGGAUAUCGCAGCUUGUAUCGGUUUCUGCAACAACUAUAAUUAUCUCUCUCCCCCACCCCUCUCUAGACGGGAUGCUAGUCCUUCCUAGGAUACCACCCCCCUUCAGUUGCAAUUCGUCCAGUUUCCCGCCUUGUUUUUUUUUUUCAUCUCCUUAUACUCUUAGACGAAGAGAGGCACCUUGCAGUGAUUGCUCGUUCGAUUACUUUGGUUUGAGUUUUAAAACCAGUGAUUGCUCGUUAGAUUACUUUGGCCUGAGUUUUAAAACGAUUAGUAGAGAAGCAUUCUCAUACAAAUUCUGCUUUCAGUUGCGUUAUUUGUUGGACCCUUCAUAUAUGCAGCCAGGAGAAGGCCGUGUGUUCAGUCAUUACCUGUUGAGCCAAUCAUUGCACAUUGAUGUGUGGGAUGGUGACUCACUUCUCCUUAUAGGCUCGACUAGUUUGAAACUCAAGGUAUGAUUGAUGGACUUUAGUUUGGCUCAUAAUCUCAUUCCAACAACAAUUUUUGUCAAAAGUUGCUGGGACGCUUUGCGUAGUAUUCGUAAACAAUCAUAUGAAAUAUGUGUUUUACCAAUUGUGAAUAUCAUGCUAAUAAGUAUUCCAAGCUCUAACCCUCUCCCCCUAAGCAACGUUGUUUUGAAUUCUUCCGAGGCUCUUAUCAACGCUGAAAAGAGGAAGGGGAGGUAGGGGGGUACUUUUGGCUACAUAGUUUUAAAAUUUUUUAAUUUUAAACCGCUUAGUCCUAAAUGUUCCAAUACUACCAACGAAGCGAGCAGUCGGACCAGUGUGUGAAUCUGUAUUGGCCAAGCACGGAAAAUUACCAGUGUAAUCUAGUGGACUAGCGUUUGCAUUAAGUGCUAUAGUUGGUAACAUUUUCUUUACGUUUUAUUUUAGCAUUUACUACGUCAAGGUCGUGAAGCUGUAAUCGUGGCGCAUGAAUUGGAUGUAGUUUCCACCGAAUUUUCGGAGGAGGCAGCCAUGCAAAGUGGCGACAUGGUAAGGAUAAUUGUUUUAAAUUCCACUGGUAACAUCCAGUCACAUUUCCAACCGCUUCAUUUUAUUGCUUUAAAAGUAGAUUGCUCGAGACUGUCUGAUCUUUUCUUGGUACGGGACAAGGGUUAAAGAAGAGAAGUGAAGAGAAGAGAUUGGAACGAGUUUCAGCACUACCUCGCCCCAACCCAUUCUUGUCAAGUUCACUACUUUUCGCUCGCGUUCAAGUUGAUUAAUGUUUAUAGGUACCUAACAAUAAUAACUUUCUGAAAAUAGUUCACUUGUCUUCCUCAGACUCGAACUGGUAUCAAGUCUGCGCUAGAAGCCAAGCUGCAUCUCAGAGUUGCAAACAUCGGUCAUACCAGUGAAGGACCGAAAGGAAAGCUGGGUAAGCGAUGAAAAAUUUCCAAAGAUUUCUUAUUAUCUCAGCCCCACAGAGAGCAGCGAAAAAAAAAAAUGGUGUUACAUACCGGAGGCUAAUAAUAUGGAAGGUUCCUCGUCUAGGAAAUGAGUCUAAAUUCAAGAUAUCGGGGUUUGGAGAUGAUCUUCACGUUGAAAUUACGAAUACACAUUGACAUAUCUCCAGUCCGUUGACGUUGCUCAAGUUCGAGAUAACGAUUUACCGGAACUAAAUUGUACGUCUUCCCCUCAGCUAAACAUAUUCGUCCUUGAUUUGAUUGGAUACUUUUACGAAAGAACAAUUUGACUGUCGCUAUUUUAGGCAAUGGACAACGUGUAACCAAUCAAGUUUUUUUUAAAUUCAUAGACGUGUACAAAUUCAUGUUUUUAAAAGAAGUUUUCCAUAAGUUCUUGUUAAUUUUCUCUCGUGAUCGCUUCUGUAUUAUUCAUGACAGCACUCUGAAAAAAGAGCUUUACAUUCGUCUUAUAUUUUGUGUCAGGAACUGUCCCCAAGAAGCUCUCUACUGUUGUAAUAUCAGAAACUGUAAGAGAAACAGGAGCAGCUAACACACUGACUGGUGAGUAGUGAGUGCGGCUAUUCCAAGAACACAGAUGGGUGUUCUACUGUUAAACACUUACCAGAGCGUGUUGUUGGUAAAUGUAAAAAGUAUAUGAAACAAAAGCUUAUCUUUGCAGAUUCUACCAAAAACCAUUCAAUUUAAAUGACUUAGCAAGAGUUUCUCCAUGGAAUUUCCGCCAUAUAUACUUUGAGAUUCAGAUGCUUCAGGUCUUACAAUACCACCCAAUUUAAUUUUAUACAGAUCUCUCUAGCCAGGGUUAAUCGCUUCAGCGUGUUAUGGUGUAGCAAGCGGGUAAUUUUUAUAAGCUAUUACAAUUUGGGGGCGUUUAAAAUCCGGAAAAUGCAGCGGUUUUAUACGCUUGUUUCUAAGGGGCUUAAGGGAGGAUUUCAGGGCCGCUUCCUUAUGCUUUCGCUCGAUUUGCCUUACUGCUCUAUUGCUUUGGAAUGACUCUUUCUUGAUACCAUUUACAGGAAACAAAAGUACCAAAAUAAAGGCCAAGCAAAUGGCAGAAUGUGACGCAGAACUUUCAGCUGUGUUGUUCAGCAGGCAGGAAAAGAUAGCCAAAGAUGAUCAGCCAGUCAGAGAAACUGAUGCCAUUAGGAAAAGGUUAGUUGAGAUUUAGUUUGGGAAGUAUUUUGGUGAAGUAUUUUGGUGAAGUAUUUUGGUGUGUCUUAUAUAAUUUGAAUGGGUGGUUUAUAAAGUGGAUGUAAGACUUAAUUUAGUCUGAUCAUCUCCCUUUCUUUCUAUAAUCUAGAUCAAUUUUAUAUUGGGUGUUGAUGGCAACCCGGAGUUGUUUUGGUCUGGUUUUGCUAAGCUGGUUUUUGCUCGUUCCAAAAGAAACACCGCCACCCUCUUAACCCUUUCACUCCCAGUAAUGACCACGACAUGAUUUCUCCUUACAAUGUCAGUACAAUAUCAAGUAGACAAGUAAUGAGAAAAGCAGAACGUUAACAAAGGAUUAUCAUUUGAUCCAACAUCAAUUCUUAGAACAAAAUUUAUAAGGAAUGUAUGGUGAACAGUAAGGAGAAUUUUCAUAGAGAUAUUCGGAGUGAAGAAGAAAAACUGAUAGCAGUUGCGACUCGGUCACUCUAUGUUCCUGCGAUUGACCUCGAUUAUGUUCGCAGGGUAGCGAUCUUUCCCACAAACUUCGUAAUCCCCUGGAAAUUUUAGGACCAUUCGCUUUAAUUUUUGACACAGGAAACUUGAAAGAAUGCAGGCAGUUCGGCAGAUCCAAGGAGCUGAUACCUCUACGGGCAAUUUGAUAGUAAGUCGAUUUUUGCCUCAUGCGUUUGUGGAAUUCAGAUUUUUUUUUGUCUUACGCACUUUUCAAGACGAAUAACGUUUUCCUUUAGUCUUGUCCCACCGUCUUAAAGCCUCUCCGCAUUUAGCGUUUACUUUCAAAAUGUUCGUUUACAAUUAUAUUCGUGCAAUACUUUACUUGUUGUCAGAUUCAAAAAGAGGAGAAAUUACAAAGAACUCGAGAUCUUAAAACCAUUCAGCUUUACAGGUCAGUUAUACUCGGUAAAGGUUAGUAUUUGAGUCAAGAACUUUACCUGUUUUUAAAGUCAUUUUAUCCCAACAGAUAUCACAAUGCAGUUCUUUAAAAUGUUUCCUGCCGGUUGUUUACUUUGAGGUAGCUUGAAAGGAAAGUUGGGGGGGAAGGGAUGGUUCAUAGGCUGGAGGACUUGACAUAGACCCUUUUGCACCGAUAUUUCUAGUUUACAACCAGGAAAUUAUCUACUAGCUCUCUUCCCAAACGUUGUUACUGCGUGAUCGCACCCCCUCCCCGAAGCAACAUAGGGAAUAUAAGAAUUAUUUAUCUGCCUUCGAUAUUUCUUCAAAAAUCAGAAACUCUCAAUCAAACAGUGGCGGGGCUGGGGGGUGUCACCCACCCUAUUCUUACAAUGGUCUUAGUUUGAAAAUUUGUAUUUUUUUUUUAACAGAGAGAAGCUCAGACAUGAGAGGAUUCUCUCUUCGUUAGCAGGGAACAUCACGACCAGCCACACAAUCUACCCGUCAUUCGGUAGAGUAGAGUUUUUCGAGUUUGUGCUGAGAAAUCCUUACUCCACCGACCAGACUGUUACCAUUUACUGCGAUGACAACGAGCUCAAGUAUGUUAACAAAAGGCUUGUCUUUAACAGCUAUUCUCUGAGCCAGUGGAUUUACACGUGUGUAUCGCUUUGCAAGUAGCAUAUUUUAAUGAUCUGUUACUUACAUGUUGAUUGUUCACAAGCUCGAUACACUAAAGGCAAAUCUUCAUAUAGUACUGGCAAGUCAAGUCGCUUUGCUCACCAUAAGUCGGAACGGACAGACCCAACCGGGUUCAGAUUCAGUUGCUGUUUUUGGGACAGCGUAAUUCCGCCCUUCCCUUACAUCAGUAGUACAGCUACGUACGCAGCAGGUUGCUUUGUCCGUGCCCAGUUUUUCUCAUCGUCUGAAAAAUAAAUUUGAUUAAAUAUAAUAUCAGAACUUCAAGAAAGGAUGGGGCCUUCAGUUAUUUUGAGAACAAAGUUCCUGGAUUGUACUCAAAACUUUGCUGAGAGGAUUUAGUUUUAGUCCGUGCUGGCCAGCCGCUUCUAAAUAAUAAUAAAAGCCUAAAGCCCUUUGCUCGAUGCGAAAUUAAACUUGAUCUCCUUCCAUUUCUCGUUUAAAGAAAUAUUUCGUAAUAUUUCGUUUAUUAUUCUUGUAGAGUGGUAACAGACACAAGAGAGUGGAGACACUUUAAGAGAAAAACAGAGACGCGUUCAGGUGAGGGACGUUUUUAUCAUUGAGCCCUGUAAAUCUGUUUGGGGAUUUACUUUGGUUCGUUCUUCACACUUUAAGUUUUAUGUUUAAAGAUGAGGAAAGAGGAAUUCUUGUUCUUGAGCUCGGUUUUUGUUUAAAGAGAGAUUUCAAACACGCUCUCUUGAGGUAUUGCUUAUCCCAAAAGUAUGCAGCGUAUGGAUCACAGAUUAACCCUGUACCAGACUUUCUCGCCUUUCCACCCAAUUGAUCAUGUAUUAAAGCAUCUAACUGUUAAUGGUUUGAUUUCCUUUGUGGACUCAGAUUUUUCUGUGCCCUAUGCUCGUGGCAACUUAGUUAAAAGUUUGAAUAUUUUGAUUCACGUUUGUUUCACAGCUUUGGAGGAGAACAUGUUUGACACCGCCUCCACCAGCCCCUACCCACAAGUGUUCCUCAGACCCAGGGAAACUGUACAUAUUCCGUUUAAGUUCCAGACCUUCAGAGCAGAUCAAAGUGUUCCUGAACAGGUAUGUACAUGUCUUACGUAUCUUUAUCUUUUUCCCCUCAAAUGUUUUCUGCGGGCCAGAUGAAGCCAAUCACCUGUUGGAGUAAAGAUGACUUAAGAAAUUUUAUGCCUCAGAAUACAAAUGAGAUUUUCAUUCUUCGUAGGGCCCAUCACACCCGCUAAAACAGCAGGCUCAAACCUAUCUAAAGACCAGCAUAUCGGAGGAAAAUAGUCUAAAACCACGUCAGAUUAAGGUAACAAAAACUCAUAUUUAUUCAAUUACUAUCAAGGUUAAUCCUCUCCAGCUUUCUUUAUAUCUGUCGGUUUUCCUUAGUUCUUUGGCAUUGGUCUUCACUAAUAGAUUAUCAUGUUGAAGUGACUUUUGCCGUGUCGUAUAUAAAGCGGUAUUGCUUACGGAGCCUGUUAUGAAGGUAUAAUUUGGUGUUAUCAUCUGAGUUGAUAAUGUGAAUUGGCUUCCGUGAAGAGAUUCUAAAGCUGACGUUUCAAAACGUUAGCCCAUCGUUAGAGCGAGUGCUUGCGGUGACAAGGGUGAAAAAUAUCCCAUAUGACAAGGGCGAAAAUACCUGUAGAUAACGUUGGAAAAUGUAUCAUGUGCCUACAAAGGAAAAUGCAUGAUGGUGAGGACUUCCGCUCUAAAAUCAAUUUUGCUUUAAGUGGGGAAAACAUGCGACCGAUACUUAAAGCUUUCACUUUAGUCCUCAGCAUUAGCAAUAAAUUGUAAUUCAGCUUUGCGUCUCUCCUUAAGGUGGCAUUCAGAAACACGGAUGAGCGUCCAAUAGCUAUUCUUAAUCUUCAAGUUGAACCUCGACCCCAUGUGAUAGACAGAACGUUCAGGUUCUACCACGCAGAGCAGUCGUUCUUGAAAAAGACCAUCAGACUACCUCCCUGGCGAUCAUUACCAGGUAAAAAAACACACGACGAAACUUUCCCCAACUCACCCUAUUCGUCUCACUUAAAAUCUGUAGGUUUUUUAGCCUACCCAGCUAGACGAAAUUGCUUCUACGCAACUGAAGAGUAAACAUUACUUUAAAGUUAAAAAUAUUUGGUGAUGCUAUUGGAUGCACAAGUAGCGUUUAAGAAUUUCAUCUUCCACCUUGAUUGAAUAGUGUUGAUUUGUUUUUCCUAGGCGCGCCAGUAAUGGACGACAACACGCAACCUCAAGUACAUGUACGCUGCAGUGAUGUGAAUGCUGUUUGUGAAGCUAGAAAGAUGGUACGAUCUUACUUAUCACGAGUGAAAUUACACUGGGUUUUAGCUUUUUCUUAGAACGGCUGAUAAAAUAGACUCUUCACUCGAAAAAAUUAUAAUGGCUGCCGCGUUAAAUUAGCUAUACAAGUUACGGCUCAGCUCACAGUGACAAAGUAGUGAGACAUACUUCAUGCGAGACUACAAACCCAGGAAAGUUUGUUUGCUGCUGAGAAUUUGCCAAAGAUGACGUCUACUGAAGGCUUACUGAGGUAGUUCAUAACGGUACCUCAGCAUAAAUCUUCACCCGUUUCAUCUGAGCGUUUUAUAACAUCAUUCUGAUAUGAAAAUAAUGUGUGGAUUUUAUGAUUAACUCUUAAGCCGUCAGGUGAACCUCAGGAUGUUUUCCUCAAGAUCGCAUGUGGACCCUCUCCUUCUCUAAAGAGGUUUUUCGUCCUCCUGUACAUGUAAGUUCUUAUGAAUAUUGGACAAUUGUACUCAACUUCCCUUAUCAGAGAUAACGCAUGCAAAGCGCUUGUCGAUUGAAGUUCGUAAACCAAAACCGAGAUGAGAACAGAGAUAAAUCUGUGUCGUAAGGAACCAAUGAUGAAUCAGAGUAAAUUUACGUCAAUAGCUUUGAGUUUGGAAAAAUAGAAUGGGCAAGUCACUGUUGGUAUAACUGUUGUCUCUGAUUGGUUACAAAGGUGGCGCGAGUGUUUUUAGUGAAUCUCAAAGCGUACUUCGGGGUAGAAAGGCCAAAACAAUACACAUCUUUCGACACUCCAUUGCGCUUUGAUGCUCUUUAAUCUUCAGUCCGUGUAUUUUGAUUUUAGAGAUCCUUUCCUCGCCGAACCUUGUCAAACAUGGCAGUUCUAUGUUCAUUCAUUACAAAGGUAGGAAAUACUUUACUUGUACUCCGAAAAGUUUACAUUCAAGGCCCACCACAAAGAAAGAAAAGAAAAAUCCAAACUUAGUCAAAUGUAAAAUUACCUUAACUUUGAAAAAAAAAAAAGAAAAAAAAAGGGUACUGGAAAUUCACGUUUUAAUUUGGUUCACCUGAAUCGCUGCAGGACGUUUGCUCGUCUCUGUAACUGGUCUUUCAAAGUCUCAGCUUUUACAAUGGACGUCAAAAAAUUGCGAGACUCGAACUAGUUUUAUUGAAGAACUACUCAUCUUAAAUGCUGUUUUUCGUGCAAACUGUCGUAGAAUCGACUUGACUGCUGUCCAAGGUCAGAGCAGUCGCCUGUCUGUGAUUUUACGUGGAACUCAGUCCAGUCGUCUUGUUCAGUGUUUUUCAUCUCACCCCGAAGAAUUACAGGUAAGUUCCAAGAUCUGAUUCCUUAUUCACCCCUCUACUUGCUAUACGCUCUCUUGUAAAUGAGUCAAGUGAAUCUAACUGUACAUCAUGAAGAAACCUUUUAUUGCUGACAGUUUUGUCUAUUCCUAUGACCUGUUUUCUGGAUAUUGCAUUGGUAUUUUUAAGUAGUGAAAGCUGAAAUACUUGUGGAAGGUAAUAGUGGAAAUCAUCCAUAUGAAUAAUUUGAACCUUUCUGUACCUCUCUAGACGCAUCCUAACACUUCUAGCUGGUGACUUUUUCUUUGUGAUGAAAUACAGAGUACAUCUUCUUUAAUAAAAACGUGCAAGCGCCAAGCCUCGCGUUUCUCAGGCUCGCCGUCCUAGUGUGUAUGCAUUUGCUCAUACUGACAGACUUGCUUCACUUCAGGUCAAGCCCACCGACCCAAUCAUGUUAAUGGCGAAUGCUGUUCAUGAAGUCCAUCUAACACUACGACCCCACACAUCCGGGACCAUGCGCUAUAUGUACGUUAACGUGGUUGGUAUCCUUUGCUACAACAACAACAACAACUUAUUAGCUGAAAGCUAACUUAUUUUAGGGUACAAUGAAAGCUUUAAUAGCGUCAUAGAUCACUCAGAUUUUAUCUUCCUCACCAUAAAUAUAUGGCAAUCAAGAAGUACGUGUGAGUAUGUGAAGAAGACUGCAAAUCGAAUGUUAUGUGGCAAAUGCUGAAGAGCGAGAAUUUUUCGUGCGCAAAUGGCAGUCAACAUGGGCUUGAAGUUACAGGUUGUUUUCACGAGUCUCACUGAAAUAGGGACAGAAGUUAUGGUUUGUUAGCAAAAUGAAAGGAGAUCAGCUUUCCAAAGCCGAACAAGCUUGAGAUAACAGGCAUAUGUUUUGAGUGUAAAAUCGUUUUCCUUUACUACACGUAUCAGAUGUGGAAUUUCAUCAACUUGUGAGAACAUGGCUUGUGUGUGCCUCUUGUCAAAUGCCCGUCAUUUCUAAAUCGUUUGAACUCCAGAUACAAGUUGGCGGUGGAAAGGGUUCGAACAAGGUGGGUUUUUACAUUGUUUUCUCGUUUAAGCGUCGAUUUUUUUCAUCGUGGCCGAUCGGAAGGUUUACGUAGACAUAAAACGGUCGGCCUUUGACAGCAGUCGCUAAAACGGACGGCGCGUUGGCAAUUCCCGACAAACCGAACGAAUGCAAAAUGUUUCCCGGUUUAUUUGACGGUAGACUGUUUCUCUGCGGGAAAUCGUCGGUCACGGAGAUUAUUAUAUUUAGUAUUAUCCUAUACUUGAAUAUAAAAGGGGGUUUUCUAUAGAAACUGUGGUGCUAUUACAUGAUAAUCAAAUUGGUUUUAUCAACUGAGUUGUAAAUGUAAAUCGGCCACCGUUAAAGAGUUUCAAAAGGUUACGUUUCGAGCGUUAGCCCUUCGCCAGAGUGAACAUAUCUGUAUAAUUUAGUGGUAUGUUUGUAGUCUUCCCUGGAAAAUCUUGUAAAAUCGAUAUUUAACAAAAUGAUUCGUUUGUUUUUCUAAAGUUUUACCACUGAUUAUUCACACAGCUAAGCUGGAAUAAAAACGUGGAAAGGUGCUGUUACAUAACACUGAAAACCAAUCACAGUCAUUUAAAGAGUCUUCGAUAGGCUUGUUACAGGAAGGGCUAAGAAAGUUUCGCGUUCCGACUAUUUUGUGAAGAACGGAUAUAAAUACACAAAAGUGUCUCUGUUUUUUAAGGGGGGAGGGGUAUAACUGGAUUUUAGCCGGGGGAUGAGAGGGCUGGCACGCGGGAACAGCAUAACCAGGUACUUGACUGAAUGAUGUUUUGUUUUUUCCUAUCAGCGCGUAUCAUUCACUAAUCCUUAUCCUACCAAGAAGACGUUUCCAUCUGAAGACUAACAGGCCUGACAUGCUACAGUUUAAGGAGAGCAUCAUUCAGGUAAAAUUACAACAAGUGCAGGUGUACAGGGUUCCUAACUAACCUGACGUAAGGAAAAUCACUGUUUACACUCUGUCAAAUGCUAUUUUGCUGUUUGCUUAGUGAAGAAAAAAGCAAGUUGUCUCACAAAAUUGACAAGAAGCAUAAAAAAAAAAACAAAAAAGCGAGCAGGCACUUCGAGUUUAAGCCCAGGAACUUUCAAGAAAGGGGUGGAGCUAAAACAGUAAUGAAAAUCUGUUUGCAUGUUUUCAAAUUCGCAGAGCUUAUUUUGUCAUAUAUUUUUUUUUCAAUUGUGAUAGGACAUUUCAUUUUUUUUUUUUUUUUUUUUUUUUGGGGGGGGGGGUAUCGUCUGAUUAUUUUAUAAUUUUCUUACUGAAUAAUUUGCUUCGUGUAACCAAUUUCGCCAUUCGUUGUGUGUUUGAAUCUGCCAGGUUGGUAUCGGAGAAUCGCACAGUAUCGGUCUUCGCUUCACACCACAACAGUUCCCAGGAAAAUCUGAAAUUCUCAUCUUCAUUAACGACUCAGAAGACAAAAAUGAAGAAACUUUUAGCAUCAAUGCCGUCUAUACGUAACACUUCUCAUGUUCGAGGUAUGAUUUGCUUCAUUUCACUCUGUUUUCAAACCAGUUUCUUUCCCUGGGUUUUUUUUUGCUAUGAAAAAGGAAGACUUGAGACUGGCAUAAUUCUACAGUUUCCGGUUUUUGAUUCACUACGAUAUCGUCCAUUUGUUCAGUGUUUUCCAGAAAUACUAGCGGAUGGUGUUCUCGCCGGCUAAUUUCCGUAGACAAAGCAUGCUUUUUUUUCUAGGCUGGCUGGUAAGAAAGCUUUUGAGACCACUGCCUGUUCUCCUUACUUUAUCAAUUGGUUUCUUACAGGUCCCCCAAGAAACGUCUAUUUGGUUAUGAAAUCCUCCCAGAUGAAGAUAGAAGACGCGUAAAUUUUAGAAGUCAUAAGAUGUGUAUUUAACUUUGAAUUUUAUGAUCUCUUAGAGUGCUAAAAUAUUAAUUUAAUAAAGUUUACUUAAGUGCAGAAGCCUCCUAUUCUUUCUGUAAAACUGAAACUCGAAAAGGUGACAGUACUCAAACGAUCGGCCUGAAAAUACUAAUAAACAAAGUUGCACCUGUUGAGUAUCAUGUAUAACAAUUAUUACACAGUAGAACAAUAACAGUUGACUGUGCGCCCUUCGUUAAUGAAACGUCAUGAGCCUGUCAGGUGUCACUUUGCCGCUUUUCAGACGUACCAAAUUAUGCUCAAUGGAAAUUAUGUUCAAAAUUUAUAAAAAAGAAAAAAAAGGUUGGGCUUCGAUUCAAGAUAUGCUGGUUGGAAAAGGGGGCCGAAAGCUCUUGUGUUCGUGAUGUGCUUCCUUCAAUCUUACUGAUCCCGGUUGUUUAAGGAUGGAUAAUGCUAUCCGUUAGAUAGUGCAGUUGUUACGGUAUAAUCUAACCGACAAAAACACUAGAAUCCCACAAACUCGACUACUUUUAUAAACGACAAAUGAGUAAAGGAUGUAAGUUUCUAGAGAAACUGUGGUGCUGCGUCGGUGGGAGAGUAUAGCAGGUAAUUUAGUGUUAACAACUGAGCUGAACACGUAAAUUGGCCACCGCAAAGAGUAAAAA